CUACGGACCCUCCCUUUCCUGGUGGACCGAUUGACUUGUCCUUGCUCCACUCUUAUGCCGGUCAUGUGGCGUUGCCACUCUGGUAUAAUUCAAAUAAUGUUCGUAAGACCCGCGUGCUUAAACCGAUUAAUCAUGGGGCCAAGAUUCUCACUCUCGGACGCCCUAACGCGAAUGAGAAUUGGUUUUGGGAUGCGCUUCAGCAGAGCGGGCUACAUGAUUUGGUAUACUUGGGGUACUCCACCGUGCCUCAUGCACUGCUGCUGACUUUAUGCGAGAGGUGGCAUCCGGAGACCAGCACCUUCCACAUGCCGAUGGGGGAGAUGACUGUGACAUUGGAUGAUGUCGCAUGUCUGACGCAUCUUCCUAUUAAGGGGCGGAUGUUGGCUCAUGGGAAGAAGAUGCCCAAGCAUGAGGGAGCGGAACUGCUGAUGACGUAUCUGGGUGUGUCCCAGAAUGAGGCUCAGAAGAUCUGCAACCAGGAGUACGGCGGGUACAUUAGCUACCCGAGGCUGAGGGAGUUCUAUACCUCGUACCUUGGUAGGGCCAACGUAUUGGCGGGUACGGAGGAUGCUGAGGAGCUUGAGGAGCUGGCGAGGGUCAGGACAUACUGCGUCCGGUGUUACCUUCUGUACUUGGUCGGAUGCUUGUUGUUUGGCGAUAGAAGCAACAAGCACAUCGAGCUGAUAUAUUUGACGACCAUGGCGGACGGGUACGCAGGGAUGCGUAAUUAUUCCUGGGGAGCUAUGACCCUCGCCUACCUAUACGGCGAGUUGGCGGAUGCAUGUAGGCCUGGACACAGAGCGCUUGGGGGGAGCGUGACACUGCUGACUGCAUGGUUUUUGGCGCAUUUUCCAGGGUUUUUUAGUGUUGAUCUCAACACUGACUACCUGGAAAACUAUCCGGUUGCAGCGAGGUGGAAGCUCCAGAAGGGUCAUGGGGAGGGGAUCACGUAUCGGUCACUGCUCGAUCGUAUACAGUUAGAUGAUGUAUGCUGGAGGCCGUACGAGGAGCACAGAGAGAUCCAGGACUUCGAGGAGGUUUUCUGGUAUUCUGGAUGGAUUAUGUGCGGCGUCCGUAGGGUGUACCGUCACUUGCCCGAGAGGGUUUUGAGGCAGUACGGAUACGUGCAGACCAUCCCCAGACAUCCGACUGAUGUUAGGGACCUCCCACCGCCUUCCAUUGUGCAGAUGUUCGUCGACUUCGGCACUCACACGCUUAAGGCGGACGUCCGGGGUGAGCAGGCAGGAGAGGAGACAUGGCGGGCGGCGGAUGGCUAUGUCCUGUGGUUGCUUUAA